CUGAACCCAGUCCCGCGGCCAAGCGGCCCUGCUCGCUCUCCUUCUCACCUCCGGGUCGCUCCGACUGGGGCGGGGCAGGGGCAACAGGGAGCCCAGGAGCAGCCGCCCACUGGAGCCGACGGGUUGAAGCAGGACAGCUAAGAAACGGCAGCCCGGCCGCUGGUCCUGAUGUGCAGCGGAGACGCGCACUGCGGCCGGCGGCGGCGCUAGUGCUGAUUCAUCACCUAGAGCGCCUCGCAGGCCAUCGCGAGGGCAGCCGACCGGCUCCGGACUCUGGCCGCAGGUGGAGGAGCCUCGCGGGCAGGAGGUGAGGAUCCCCUCCCUUCUCUUGCCCCCGGUGGUCCUAGGGCGGUGGCCCCAGGAUAGGAGAGGGGCGUGCCCCGGGGCUGCGAAGUGGGCAUGCCUGUGUAAUGCCCUCGCUUGCAGUCUCUCUGGUGCUAACUACGCUCGGUCCCUCCGCCUGUCUCUGGAGCUUGGGCCGUUCCACCUCCCCCCCCCCCCCUCCCUGAGCAGUUCGGUCUACCGGUGCAGCGAUGGAGGAGGAGCUGAAGUGCCCCGUGUGCGGCUCCCUGUUUCGGGAGCCCAUCAUCUUGCCCUGUUCCCACAACGUUUGUCUUCCUUGCGCUCGUACGAUCGCUGUUCAGACACCGGACGGCGAGCAACACCUGCCCCAGCCGCUCCUGCACUCCCGGGGCUCCGGGCUACCGGCGGCCGCCGCCGCAGCGCCUCCUCUGGACCAAGACCCGGCGGCUGGCCCGGCCUGCAGCGGCGGGAGCGGGGGCGCAGCUGGCGGCCUGGGCGGCGGUGCGGGAGGUGGCGGGGACCACGCGGACAAGCUGAGCUUGCACAGUGAGACGGACAGCGGUUACGGUUCCUACACCCCGAGCCUCAAGUCUCCCAAUGGGGUUCGCGUGCUGCCCAUGGUGCCCGCACCGCCUGGCUCCUCGGCCGCCGCGGCCCGGGGAGCCGCCUGCUCCUCGCUGUCCUCGUCCUCCUCAAGCUCCAUCACGUGCCCGCAGUGCCACCGCAGCGCGUCCCUGGACCACCGAGGCCUGCGCGGCUUCCAGCGCAACCGGCUGCUCGAGGCCAUCGUGCAAAGGUACCAGCAGGGCCGCGGGGCCGUGCAUGGGGCGUCCGCAGCCGCUGCAGUGGCCAUCUGCCAGUUGUGCGACCGCACCCCGCCUGAGCCGGCCGCCACGCUAUGCGAGCAAUGCGACGUGCUCUACUGUGCCGCCUGCCAGCUCAAAUGCCAUCCAUCCCGGGGACCCUUCGCUAAGCACCGCCUGGUGCAGCCGCCGCCGCCGCCCGCGCCCGCCGAGGCCGCCUCAGCAUCCCCAGGCGCGGCCCAGGGCGCCCCCAGCGGAGGCGGUGGCUGCAAGAGCCCGGGGGGCUCAGGGGCCGGAGCUGCUGGGGGCGGCGCUGCCCGCAAGUUCCCUACGUGCCCGGAACACGAAAUGGAGAACUACAGCAUGUACUGCGUGAGCUGCCGAACCCCGGUGUGCUAUCUGUGCCUGGAGGAGGGCCGUCACGGCAAGCACGAGGUGAAGCAGCUGGGAGCCAUGUGGAAACAGCACAAGGCCCAACUGUCCCAGGCCUUAAAUGGGGUUUCCGAUAAGGCAAAAGAAGCAAAGGAGUUUCUGGUCCAGCUGAAGAACAUCCUGCAGCAGAUCCAGGAAAACGGACUGGACUAUGAAGCCUGCCUAGUUGCUCAGUGUGAUGCACUGGUCGAUGCUUUAACUCGGCAGAAAGCCAAGCUGCUCACCAAGGUCACUAAAGAGAGGGAACACAAGCUGAAGAUGGUUUGGGACCAGAUCAAUCAUUGUACAUUGAAGCUGCGCCAAUCAACAGGGCUGAUGGAGUACUGCCUGGAGGUGAUCAAGGAGAACGACCCCUCCGGGUUCCUACAGAUCUCAGAUGCUCUGAUCAAGCGUGUCCAGGUGUCUCAGGAACAGUGGGUCAAAGGUGCCCUGGAGCCGAAAGUAUCUGCGGAGUUUGACCUGACCUUGGACAGUGAGCCACUGCUGCAGGCCAUCCAUCAGCUGGACUUCAUCCAGAUGAAAUUACCGCCCGUCCCCCUGCUGCAGCUGGAGAAGUGCUGCACCCACAACAACAGUGUCACACUGGCCUGGAGAAUGCCGCCCUUCACCCACAGCCCUGUGGACGGCUACAUCCUGGAGCUGGAUGACGGCGAUGGGGGGCAGUUCCGGGAAGUGUAUGUUGGCAAAGAGACCCUGUGCACCAUCGACGGUCUCCAUUUCAACAGCACCUACAACGCCAGGGUCAAGGCUUUCAACACCUCUGGCGUCGGGCCUUACAGUAAAACCGUGGUCCUGCAGACAUCUGAUGUGGCCUGGUUCACCUUUGACCCCAACUCUGGUCACCGGGACAUCAUUUUAUCCAAUGACAACCAGACGGCCACCUGCAGCAGUUAUGACGACCGGGUGGUGCUGGGCACAGCGGCAUUCUCCAAGGGUGUACACUACUGGGAGCUGCAUGUGGAUCGGUAUGACAACCACCCGGACCCUGCCUUUGGGGUGGCCAGGGCCAGCGUGGUCAAGGACAUGAUGCUGGGCAAGGACGACAAGGCCUGGGCCAUGUAUGUGGACAACAACCGCAGCUGGUUCAUGCACUGCAACUCCCACACCAACAGGACGGAAGGCGGUGUGUGCAAGGGGGCCACUGUUGGAGUGCUCCUGGACUUGAACAAGCACACUCUGACCUUCUUCAUCAAUGGGCAGCAGCAGGGGCCCACAGCCUUCAGCCACGUGGAUGGGGUCUUCAUGCCAGCCCUCAGCCUCAACCGCAACGUGCAGGUCACCCUGCACACAGGAUUGGAAGUGCCAACAAAUCUGGGGCGGCCAAAGCUGUCAGGCAACUAGCCUCCCAGCUCCAGCUGUUCACUGGCACCUGGGAAAAGCCCCAUCACCCCUCAGUACGUUCAAAGAACCCAUGAGGGUAGAAUGAUGAUGUUAUGGGUGCAGCCCCAGCAGUCGCUGAAUAUCUUAGAGACAUGUUUUCUUGGGGAGAUGCUGAAUAGGUCUGCAGGCCAUGCUUGUUGGGGCAACUGGUUAAACUGGCCACUUGUUAAAGUGGCCACUCGUUAAAGUGGCCACUCAUUGGUGGUGAACAUGGGUGUGUUUCAUUCUGUUUCAUUCCUCCUGGACAUUGCAAAUACUCACAAAGAAGGACCUUUCUCCAGGGAGUGAGAACGCAUCCGAGGUUUGUGGUUGUGUUUCCUGCCAUCUGGUUUCAAAGCUUGUCUUUUGGGGGUGGGGGGCAAAAGGAGGCCAGACUGGCAUCCUAAGAGCAGGAGGCAGGAAGACACUUUGGAAUCCCAUGCCCCGGAUGUUGACCAUUUACUGAGACAUCACUCAGUCCCGAGGCUGCAAGUUCUCAUCUUCACCAGGAAAUGUUAUCCUUUUGCAUCUUGGUCCUGGAGCCUCCACUGUGUGAUGCCCUUGCAAACCUAAUUCAAUGUCGAUAGAAAGGGGCAUUAAUUUUGACGUUCAACACUCCCACUGAACUAUUGAGAACUUUUUAAAAUGGUUUCCUAUGGUCCUUCAUUAAUCAGCCAAUCUCUCUGUCUUUCUGUCUCUCUCACGCAUGUGCACAGUGUGCACGCACACACACGAUAGUUCACUAAAAUUCAUUUACUUGGUUCUUAGUUCUUAAACACAGGAAAAUACUGAAAUUGGAAUGACAGAGUGAGGAGUCUUCACCUGGUGGCUCUUUUCUGGAAUGCAAGCCUGUCAUGAGUUGCUUUCUUCCAGGCUGAGCCCCACCCAGAUUCGUAGCACGUGACACACGAGAUGGGAGGCCAUGGGGGAGCCUCUUAAAACCUCCUACCUUUGCUUGGAGACCCAUUCUACUGUCAUCCUGAAAGCAGCAGGUGGCCCCAAGGGUGGUUCUGCCCCCCCCCCGGGGGGGGGGGCAGAUCCUCUGAAGAAGGCAGCAAACAGCAAUAUCAGGGUGUUCCUCGCCCCCACUGCCCAGAGUCCAAGGCUGAGAGGCUGGAGCCCAGCCUCUUCCCUGGGAGCAAGGACCUUCUCCCAGAGAUGCUCACUGAGUCAUCUGCAUCUCUCGCAAAGAGAGCUCGCUUUCAGGGCUCUGAGCCCGCAGCCUGCCUUGGCCCUGUCCCCAAAGCAUGUUUCCAUCUUCUCCUGCUUUUCCUCCCUGUCCUGGGCCCCAGGCUGCCUGUCACCUGCCACCUCCAUUUUCCAUCUGGUUAGUGAAACUUCUCUCGCCUUUUUCAAAGAAUAUAUUUUACCAAGCAUUUUAUUUUGACCAUUUGCUGGAUUGGAUUUUUAUAUGACUUAGCCCAUAAACCGGCAGCGACUGUUUACUCUGGUCUACCUGCUCGUCUAGACACUGCCCUUUCCGAGUUGCCCGGCCAACGCUGUGUAGAUCCUGCCCCCUAGCAGCAGAUCCGACAAUCCUACCUCAGAGCCCACGCCCUGGGCCGCAAGGCUACCUUGUCCCCGCAGCCGCGUGCCAGGCGGCUGCCGGCAUCCCCAAGAGCUGCUUGGUGCUGUUUAAGCCUCCACGUGCCCCGGUCCUGGCGUUCACCUGCAGGGUCACCUGCAAGGGCAGCUGCGGUCCUGCCUCUUCAUUCUCCGCCAGCUGCAUGGUUCCUUGGGUGCACGGAUGUGCUCCUCGUCCUGUCCCAGAGCUCCACCAGAUUCCCCUCCCUGGGGGUGUCACUCCCUGGGCCCCAGGCUGCCCGUGUCCUCAGCUUCCACUUGCCUUUGGUUUCAAUCCUUAGCCAUAGCUCCGGGUGGACUCAGCAUGGAGGUGGGGAGGAUUCCUAAAGACUGGAGGACACAGAGGAGCCAUGGCCGGCAGGUCCAGGGGGCUCGGCUUUGGGAGAAGAAGGGCCACUCUGGGAGUGAUCCUGGGCGUGAGUGUGACCGGGAAGGCGGCGGUGGCUUCCUGCAAUGGAGUUCCCCCAUGAAAGGCUGGGGAGCAUUGAGAAUCCCCGAAGCCCGGCCCACCAGGUGGCCCUGUAUCUGCCUCUUUGGAGAGGAGCUGCUCCAGAUCAGCUGGACUUGGUGACAUCCUCAGGACGGCCAGCACCUGGGUCAGACAGAUGUGCAGCCGGGAAAAGAAGUCCUACCACAGCAGGUGAUCUUUUUAGGAAAUAAAAGAUAAUUUUCCAGAGCGAAGCCUCCAGAACUCUUGGCCACUUUUGCAGUGGGUCUGCAGCUCCCGGAGGCCCCGUGAGUGCCUGGAGCAGGCGCCUUUGUACCUUCUCCAACUCCUCCAGGAGCCCUCAGCAAUACGGCGAUGCCAGGCAUCAUGUCAGACUGUCCUGCAGCCACCUCUCCUGUCCUCAGCACAGAACACCUUUCAGGGACGAAAAUGGACCUAGGAGAGAAGGCAGGUCUGGGCCACACACCCAUGUUUUUGAGGGAUCAGCCAAACACAGAAGGAAUCAUCAACAGCUCAUGGCUUUAUGUCACCCUUGGAGAUUUGGGAGUACAGGCGAUGGGUCAUGGGUUUCUCAUCUGCCAUCGAAUUCCCUGUCCCUUUACAACGUGGUGGCAUUUUUGAACAUAAAGUCUUAUCUAGACGAUGCUUUCGUUGGGCUGGCUGAGGAAUAACGUGAUGUUUGUCUAUGGAGCAGUUUCCGUGAGAAAGGAAUUCAAAGUAAUUUAAGACGUCAAGUUCUAUUGCAUUGUAAAUACUGCCUCCUUAACUAA